GCCUCCAUGGGCGUGGCUGGAGAAGAAGAACAGGGUCUCGCGUGCCGAGUGCUCCCAGCCUGGGUGUGCGUUGAGUUUUAGUUUACAAGUAACAAAAAAAGCUGCGGACGCGACCGGAAGUGGCAGCAUGCUAAUCCCAUUUUCAAUGAAGAAUUGCUUCCGGUUACUUUGUCACCACAAGGUCCCAACAGCUAGCUUUAGAAACCCAGCAACACAUGGGCUCAUUCUACAGUCGAUCUCCAAUGAUGUGUAUCAAAAUCUGGCUUUAGAAGACUGGAUCCAUGACCACAUACAUCUAGAAGGCAUGCCAAUUCUUUUCCUUUGGAGAAAUUCUCCCUGCGUUGUCAUCGGUAGGCACCAGAAUCCAUGGCAGGAAUGUAACCUCCAUCUGAUGAGACAGGAAGGUAUAAAACUGGCUCGGAGAAGGAGUGGAGGAGGAACAGUGUACCACGAUCUGGGUAACAUCAACCUGACCUUCUUUACCACCAAAACCAAGUAUGACAGAAUGGAAAACCUGAAAUUAAUUGUGAGAGCUCUGAACGCUGUCCAACCCUACCUGGACGUGCAGCCUACAAAAAAAUUUGACCUGUUACUCGAUGGGCAGUAUAAAAUCUCAGGAACUGCGUCAAAGAUCGGCCGGAUUGCCGCUUACCACCACUGCACCCUGUUAUGCAGUGCCGACAGGACAGCUUUGUCGUCUUUGCUGAAGAGCCCAUACCAAGGGAUAAAGAGCAAUGCCACUCCCAGCGUCCCUUCCGUCAUCAAAAAUCUUCUGGAAAAAGAUCCCUUGCUGUCCUGUGAAGUUCUGAUGAGUGCCAUUGCUGCAGAGUAUGCUGCUUGUCAUCAAAUUGAUAAUCACAUUAAACUAAUAAACCCAGCAGAUGAGACACAGUUUCCUGGAAUAAACAGCAAAGCUAAAGAACUGCAAAGCUGGCAGUGGAUAUAUGGUCGGACUCCUAAGUUUAGUGUGAACACCACAUUUCGCGUGCCAUAUGAGCAGGCACAUUUGGAAAUUCAAGUGUUCAUGGAUGUAAAGAAUGGGCUCAUUGAAACCUGUGACAUAAAAGCACCUGAUCAUUGGUUGCCACUGGAAAUAGUUAACAAAUUAAACUCAGGUUUUAUUGGCAGCAAAUUCUGUCCCAUUGAAACCACCCUGCUAACAAAUAUAUUACUGAGAACAUGUCCAGAUGAACAGCACUUACACAGUAAAUGGAAUAUUCUGUGUGAAAAAAUCAGGGGAAUAAUGUGACCCUGAGUGACUUUCUUUAUACUGACAGUUUCAGUGAUAUUUAGAACAUAAUAUUGGACCAGGCUGGCCUCAAACUCAGAGAUCUGCCUGCUUCUUACUCCUGAGUUCUGGGAUUAAAGAUAUGUACCCCCAUGACCAAGGAUUCAUAAAUGUGUUAUCUUGUCUCUGA